UCAUUACCACAGACAAAACAAGAGUAAGAGGGCCAAGUCCAAAGAGAUGAUAAUGUAAGAUGCCCUGCUUGAAGCGUAAUUAUAAGAUGCGGUACUGCGUUUCUUCACUAUUGGUCUUUAGAAUAUUUUCAACGAACGAUCACUGAAUGCUAUUACUUCACGAUUCCUUCUUCACGAAUCAUUUAAUGGUUAAUCUGAAAAAUAAUUUUUAACAUUUAAUAUUUUUGUUUGGAAGUUUAUAAUGUUAUAUUAUACAUAUGUAACUUAAAUAAUUGAGAGAUUUUAGGCUAUUCACAUUCUAAAGAGAUUUUGGAUCGUAGCACCUCUACCGGUAGCUCUAAUACAAUUUGCGACCUGAUGUUAUCCCUUGCGCGAGGUGAUUUCGUGGCUGUCAAAGGAACACAUUCUGAACGGAAAUGACGUUUAUAUUGUGAGUUGGUCGGUGUGGUUGGUCUUGAAUGGCUGCCACCUCAUCGACAACUAAGGUGUUGCGGUGGUACAAUAAUGAGUGCUACAUAUUUUAGGGAGAAAGUUUAGGGUGAUAGUGACCUAUUUGUGAAGCAGGAAACCAGAUCAUCAUUUAUCCUUUGAUGCAAAAUGGAUGUCCUUACUAUUCUUUUUUUUGUCUUUGGAUGUUUAACUGUUGAUGUUAGAGGAAUUAUGUUCAAAUUGGAACCUAAUGGACAAAAAUGUUUGAAGGAAGAAUUACAAUCUGAUGUUCUAGUUACUGGCGAUUAUGAAAUAUCCGAUGUGCCUGGACAGAAAGUGGAUUAUAGUGUCAAAGAUUCAAAAGGCCAUAUUCUCUCCCAGAAAGAUGAUAUAUCAAAAGGAAAAUUCUCCUUUGUUACAGAAACAUUUGAUACAUUUGAAGUCUGCUUUGCAUCCCGUGUUCCAUCUCAUCAAAGGGGUGUAGCUCAUGAAGUGUCAUUGAUCACCAAGAGAGGUGUUGAAGCCAAGAAUUAUGAGGGGCUUGGAGAAGCUGCAAAGUUGAAGCCCCUAGAGGUUGAAUUAAAACGCUUGGAAGACCUCUCUGAUGCUAUUGUCCAAGAUUUUGCUCUCAUGAGGAAGAGAGAAGAAGAAAUGAGAGACACAAAUGAAUCUACCAACUCACGUGUAAUGUACCUUAGUAUCUUCGGAAUGUGCUGUUUAUUGGGUCUUGCAACAUGGCAGCUACUGUAUCUGCGAAGGUACUUCAAAGCCAAGAAGCUCAUUGAGUAGUUCUUUCCUGCACAAUUUGUUCAGAUGCUGCUGAGCAAAAAGAUCGUGUGCUUGUGGACUCUUCCUCAGCCAUGUGUUUUUUAAAGACUGAGUCAAGUCUGUGUGGAUGUGCCGUGGAGCUCGGUUUUUUUACUUUGUUGUGUAAUUUAUCUGUAAAAUUGGUUUCCAUUUGUGUAUAAAGCUUUCAGAAAUUUUUAAUAAAAGUUCCAGAUUUGAAAGCUACAGUAUUUCAUGAACAAAGUCGUGUUGCAUUGUGGUGCAUGGAAGAAAGUAAAAUGAUUACUACUGAGUAUUGUGUUUUACUUCAAAGUCAUUGCCAUAAAAAAAAUUCCUCUAGUUAAAAAGUUAAUAGUUAAUUAAAAUGACUCGUCAAUUUGUGAUAACUCCUCAGCAUGUCCCAGAUAAAUAUUCAUGCUUCAUACUGAAAGUUUACAAUUGGAACAGUGUCAAUCUGUGCUUGGGAAGUGGUCAGUUAUUGCAAAUCCAUUGUUGAUAAUGAAGGGGUCAAGUUAUGCAUCUUCCUGCUAUAUAUAUAAAUAUUAUGACCUAGUACCAAAUAAGAUUCUUCUGAGCAAUUCAUGAAAAUACCUUCAUACUGUAUUAUUGAUCAUCUGAAAAAUUAAUUUUGCACUUUGGAAAGGCCCAUGUGAUCAAUAAAUUUGAAAAAUUUACUCAAUUUUUGGAAUAAAUGAAAAAAAUCAAUGGAUUUCUUACAAUGGAAAUUGCAAUUUUUUUUAUAGUACAUUGACAUUUUCCCAGUCAAUCCUAUGCUUUACCUCCACUCCCUACAUCUGUAAAAUAAGAGCAAGUCUUAUUUCUCUGCAAUGUAACCGAAAAUAAAAUUUAUAUUGAUGCACCAAAUUU